GCCGAGUGUAGUGGGGGAUAAGGCAACAAGCAUUCCUCCCUCCACCAAACAUUACACAAUCUAGCAUCAAGCUUCCUACGCUAUCAAUCAAAUUAACCAACUCAUCAAAAUAUGAAUCUCUUGUCCAAAAAAAUCACAACCGAUUCGCAUGGCCAAGACUCCUCUUACUUCCUGGGAUGGCAAGAAUACGAAAAGAAUCCUUACGAUGAGACCCGCAAUCCCAAAGGAAUCAUCCAAAUGGGCCUCGCCGAAAAUCAGCUCUCAUUUGAUCUUCUCGAAUCCUGGUUGGCUCAGAACCCGGAAGCCGCCGCCUUUCAGGGUGACAAUGGAGGCGAAUCCAUUUUCCGGCAGCUGGCACUCUUUCAAGAUUAUCACGGCCUUCCUUCCUUCAAGAAGGCUAUGGUUGAGUUUAUGUCAGAAAUCAGGGGAAACAAGGUUUCAUUCGAUUCCGACAACCUCGUCCUCACCGCCGGCUCAACUCCCGCCAACGAGACGCUCAUGUUCUGUCUCACCAACCCCGGCGACGCUUUCCUAAUCCCCACUCCAUACUACCCAGGAUUUGACAGAGACUUGAAAUGGCGAACCGGAGCAGAGAUUGUUCCAAUUGAGUGUUUCAGCUCCAACGAUUUCAGGAUCACUGAAUCAGCACUCCAAGAAGCUUACCUCUCUGCCCAAAAGAGGAACUUGAAAGUCAAAGGCGUUCUAGUCACGAACCCGUCCAACCCAUUGGGAACCACGUUGACCCGAGAAGAGCUGGACCUCCUCAUCACAUUCGUCGACGAGAAGGGAAUCCAUCUGAUCAGCGACGAGAUCUACUCCGGCACCUCUUUUGACUCCCCAGCCUUCAUCAGCGCCAUGGAGGUUCUCACGGAAAGGAUUCACAACAAAACUGUCUCCCAUGACAGUGUGUGGGGCCGGGUCCACAUCGUCUACAGUCUUUCCAAGGAUCUCGGGCUCCCGGGAUUCCGGGUCGGGGCAAUUUACUCGAAUGACGAGAUGGUCGUGUCGGCGGCCACAAAAAUGUCAAGCUUCGGUUUGGUCUCUUCUCAAACCCAGUACCUUCUAUCCGCCAUGCUCUCGGACAAGAAGUUCACGAAGAAGUAUUUGAGAGAAAACCAGAACAGGCUGAAGAAUAGGCACGCGAUGUUGGUGGCCGGACUCCGGGAAACCGGUAUUGAGUGCUUAGAGAGCAGCGCCGGACUGUUCUGCUGGGUGGACAUGAGACAUCUCCUCACAUCACAGACGUUUGAGGCGGAAAUGGAGCUGUGGAAGAAAAUCGUUUACCAAGUCGGGUUAAACAUCUCGCCCGGUUCAUCUUGCCAUUGCACCGAACCGGGUUGGUUCAGAGUUUGUUUUGCCAACAUGUCGGAGGAAACACUGAGUUUGGCCAUGCAACGGAUAAGUUCAUUCGUAGCUACCCAUUUGAUCAGCUCAUUGAAAUUAAAUAAGAACAAGAAGAAAGGAUCGACCAAAUGGGUAUUCCGGUUAUCUUCUAAUGACGGUCACAGAGAACGGUAGAAAUGCUGGGGGUAGGAUUGUGAAUAGUUCGUUUUUUUAUUCAACCCAAAAUGAGUGUUGGACUUUUUUUACUCAAUACAUUCUUGUUGAGUCAUAAUUCCUUCGAUGAUGCAAUCUUUGAGACUAGCUUGAAUAGAAAAAUACAUCCAAAUAUAUGCAAGCCUGCACUCAUUUCUAUUAUAGUCUUGUUUUUGUAAACAUUUGAGCCUAAAUUGUACGGAG